UUAUUAUCAGAAAUGAUGAUCUCAUUUCGUUGGCUUGUGGGUUGGGGGAAAGAAAGGGGAAAGGCGAGCGACUAGUUAGCGAGACGCGGCGGCGAAAGCAAGGAGCGCCGCCGCAGCGGAGUUCGCCGCCGGCGCCGCGCUCCUUGCCCCCGGCAACAAGGGUUCAUGGAGCAUGCCCCUGAUCGGAGUGACGCGGACGGGGGUUGCGAAUGGAGGGAGGAGCUGCGGCAGCAGCAGUCGCAGGUGGACGCGCUGCGUGAGAGGCUCGUGGAGGUCAAGGUCGGGAUGAGGUGCUCCGAGGAGGACUCGAGGAGGGAGCUGGAUCACCUCUGCCGCAGGGUCAAGACCAUCGCCACGCUGCUGGCCUACCUCAAAUCCAAGGCCAGGAUCAUGGCGAUACCGCACCUCGCACACACGUCCUGCGGGAUUAGGCACCAGGACGGCGUGGGCUACGUCGACAGGCACGGGGUGCCGCUGGCUGAUUGGUCCAAGGGCUCCGAGUCUGCUUCCUCCGAGGGUUUAGAUGACGAAAUGGCGGCAGAUAGUGGCCGCGUUGCUGAACAUGGUGAUGCCAAUGAGGGGGAUGUAGACGUGGAAGAUAUUCUGAAGUCCAUACAUGUGGUGACUGAUGUUAUGGAGACCCUUGUGAAGAGAGUUAUUGUUGCUGAAUCCGAAGCCGCUAACGAGAAAGAGAAGGUGAGGAUGGGUCUGGAAGAGAUCAGGAGGAAGACUAUGCAGGUCGAGUCCAUGUCCAUGAAAGUUGAGGAAAUGGAGAAAUUUGCGGUGGGCACUAAUGGUAUGCUGAAUGAGAUGAGGCAAAGGGUUGAAGACAUGGUGUUGGAGACCACCCGGCAAAGGCAGCGUGCGGCUGAAAAUGAACAGGAGCUUAGUCGCGUGAAGCAUGACUUUGAGUCUCUUAGAACUUAUGUCGGUACACUCGUUAAUGUCAGAGAAACUCUUCUUUCAUCAGAGAAGCAGUUUGAAACAAUGGAAAAGCUUUUUGACAGGCUAGUUGCAAGGACCAACCAACUUGAGAGUGAGAAAGCACAGAAAGAAGCCGAAGUCCAGAAGGUGAUGGAGGAGAAUGUGAGGCUACGUGCCAUGGUUGAUAAGAAGGAGGCGCAGCUUCAGGCGAUGAGUGAGCAGUGCAAGUUCAUGGCGCUGAGCCGUCCCAACUAGUGGGGAUAUAUGACAACCCGUUACGCUUGUCCAAUGAUGUCACUUACAAAAUUACAGUUACAUUGUUGCAACAAGAAGGGCUCCAGAUGUGGCGAAAUAACGGGUGGUGCCGACUGCUGGCGAGUUCCCGGGGCUCUGAUUCCUGCUGCAAACAAAUCGUUUACCUUAGGUGUGAUGUGUUGGAACUGUAAACCUGACAUCUUGUAUUCUUGUAACUCGAAAUGUGUGUAAAGACCAGGGCACAUUUGUCCGAAUCCAUAAAUCCUCUGAAAAUGAGCUUCAAUUCAUGGAA